CCGCUUCCAUAAAAGGGCAGCACCUCCCUCUCUUUCCUCCCCGCUGUCCACGCUCCCCUCCGGGCCUUUCUGGCCGCCUCCCAGCCCCUCGCCGCCGCCGCCGCCUCCUCCUCCUCUCCCUCCCUUCCCCGCCUCCGCCGCAAUCCCCUCAGGCGGCGCCCCCGGGGGGCGGGGGAGGGCUCCCGUCCUGGCGGCGUCCGUGGAGAAGGAGGCGGCGGCGGGCACAGAAACGCGGCAGCCGCAGCGGCGGUGUCGGGGUCUCCUGCGUCUCCCCUUGCAGCCCCGCUGAAGCGGCGCUCCCCGGCCUCAGGCACAGCUAAGCCCGGCAGGAAGGAGGAACGAUGGCUCUGGACGGUAUACGGAUGCCAGAUGGCUGUUAUGCGGAUGGGACGUGGGAGUUAAACGUCCAUGUCACAGACCUGAACAGAGAUGUAACUCUGAGGGUCACAGGGGAGGUCCAUAUUGGUGGCGUCAUGCUGAAAUUGGUGGAAAAACUUGAUGUCAAGAAAGAUUGGUCUGACCAUGCCUUGUGGUGGGAAAAGAAGAGAACAUGGCUCCUUAAAACUCACUGGACCUUGGAUAAGUAUGGAAUACAGGCAGAUGCCAAACUGCAGUUCACUCCCCAGCACAAACUGCUGCGACUCCAGCUUCCCAACAUGAAGUAUGUGAAGGUGAAAGUGAACUUCUCUGAUAGAGUCUUCAAAGCAGUGUCUGACAUCUGCAAGACCUUCAACAUCAGACAUCCAGAAGAACUCUCCCUCUUGAGAAAGCCGAGAGAUCCAACAAAGAAGAAAAAGAAAAAACUGGAUGACCAGUAUGAAGACGAGACACUUGAGCUGGAAGGACCAUUAAUCACCCCUGGAUCAGGCUCUGAUGUUCUUUACAUCGGCCCAGUGAAAGGAAGCAUUUAUUCAAGCCCAGGACUUUAUAGCAAAACCAUGACACCAACUUACGAUUCUCAUGAUGGGAGCCCUUUGUCGCCAACUUCAGCUUGGUUUGGAGAUAGUGCUUUGUCAGAAGGGAAUCCAGGUAUACUUGCAGUCAGCCAGCCAAUCACCUCCCCAGAAAUCUUAGCCAAAAUGUAUAAACCACAGUCCCUUCUGGAUAAGGCCAAGAUCAACCAGGGGUGGGUGGAUUCUUCAAGGUCCCUUAUGGAGCAAGAUGUGAAAGAGAACGAAGCCCUACUUCUCCGGUUUAAGUACUACAGCUUCUUUGAUUUGAAUCCUAAGUACGAUGCUAUCAGAAUCAACCAGCUCUAUGAACAGUCAAAAUGGGCUAUUCUUUUGGAAGAAAUAGAGUGCACAGAGGAAGAAAUGAUGAUGUUUGCAGCAUUGCAGUACCACAUCAAUAAGUUAUCAAUCAUGUCAUCAGAAAAUCACUUGAACAACAGCGACAAAGAGGUUGAUGAAGUUGAUGCUGCCCUUUCUGACCUGGAGAUUACUCUGGAAGGCGGGAAAACAUCCACAGUUCUGGGUGACAUCACUUCGAUCCCCGAGCUUGCUGACUACAUUAAAGUGUUCAAGCCAAAGAAGCUGACACUGAAGGGUUACAAGCAGUAUUGGUGCACCUUCAAAGACACGUCUAUCUCCUGUUACAAGAGCAAAGAAGAAUCCAACGGGACUCCAGCUCACCAGAUGAACUUGAGAGGGUGUGAGGUGACUCCGGAUGUCAAUAUCUCUGGCCAGAAGUUUAACAUAAAACUUUUGAUCCCUGUUGCUGAGGGCAUGAAUGAAAUUUGGCUCCGUUGUGAUAAUGAGAAGCAGUAUGCACACUGGAUGGCGGCUUGCCGGCUGGCUUCCAAAGGCAAAACCAUGGCAGACAGUUCAUACAACUUGGAAGUUCAGAACAUCUUGUCUUUUCUGAAAAUGCAGCAUCUGAACCCAGAUUCACAGAUAAUUGCUGAGCAGAUCACAACGGACAUCAAUCCUGAAUGCCUGGUUUCCCCAAGAUACCUUAAGAAGUAUAAGAACAAGCAGCCAGGCUAUAUAAGAGACUUGAUCACUGCCCGGAUCUUGGAGGCCCAUCAGAACGUUGCCCAGAUGAGUCUCAUUGAAGCCAAAAUGAGAUUUAUACAAGCUUGGCAGUCCCUACCAGAGUUUGGCAUCACACACUUCAUUGCAAGGUUCCAAGGGGGCAAGAAGGAGGAACUUAUUGGGAUUGCCUACAACCGGCUGAUUCGGAUGGAUGCCAGCACCAGCGAUGCCAUCAAGACGUGGCGGUUCAGCAACAUGAAGCAGUGGAAUGUGAACUGGGAAAUAAAAAUGGUAACGGUAGAAUUUGCAGAUGACGUCCGAGUAUCCUUCAUCUGCACUGAAGUGGAUUGCAAAGUGGUGCAUGAGUUCAUUGGCGGCUACAUUUUCUUAUCAACACGUGCAAAGGACCAGAAUGAAAGCUUAGAUGAAGAGAUGUUCUACAAACUGACCAGUGGCUGGGUGUGAGUCGAAUGAGACCUCCUGUUGUACUGACAUAAACUCAGUGGCCAUAUUAAUAUUUAACUUCAACAACUGUUAUUUGAAAUAUGCUGCUUAAUCAAGUUAAGCUUGAAGUGUAUCUUUCCUCUUUUAAUAUCAUGGAAACUUUUGCAUUAGCAGACCAGUUUGUAUGUGCACUAAACAGCACUUCCGUUAAUCUGCUAGGACAAGACAAUAACAUGGACCGCGCAACGCCUCCGCUUGUGCCUCUUGCCUCCCCCUCACGCAGCAAGGCAAGUGGGGGCUGGUCAGGUUAAUUUCUGACAGAUGUAAGCUAACCAAAUCAGUACAAACCUCUAAGCCAUCUAGCUAUUAAGAUACCCAGGGCCUAAUCUAUAUGAAGUCUAUUUAUCAUGUUUAAUGCAUGUUUUGUGAGUUUUUAAAUAUAUAUAUAUUGUAAAAUUGACAUCCAUGUGUUCAACAUCCUUCCUACUUUUAGGGUAGAAUUUUUGGUGUGCAAUCCAGGAAGCCCUUUUUGCUGCGCCUCUUUCCCCCAUUCAUGUCAUUGGGGUCUGCUCAUGGAUUCCCAUGUGCAACAGCAGUGCGUGGUGGACUGAGUCCUUUGGCCCUUUAUUUUUCACACUACAUAAUUAGAUCCAUUGCAGGAGCCUGAAGCUUUUACAAAAACAAUCAUGCGUGGCCUUGAAAAAUUAAGCGUAUCUGUUAACUUCUUGUUUCCUUUUGAUAAUCAUUUAUAUAUUGUGCGUCUCUCUCACAUCUUUCCCUUUCCCUUAUUUUUUUUUACACCAUAUUGUAUUACAAACACCUUUAGUAUUCACCAGCAUAGCCACUCUCUACCUAAGAUGAUAUGCAAAAAAAUCAUUAUGUUGUGAAGUAAAGGUCUAUGAAGUAUAAGGAUUUGUUUGUGUGUGUGUGUGUGUGUGUAACUAAUGUAAAAAGAAAAACACAAAUUUUAUAAAAUUGUACAGGUUUUUCUUUCAUUUUCUUUUUUUUUAAAAAAAACUAGUCUCACAAGCCAAAGUAGGAAUCGCAAUAGUAUCAAGUAUAUUUGCCUUACAGUAUGUUUUUAGUCUAAGUUAAAAUCCUGACUUUGUUAUAGAUGUGCCACAAAGCCCUUAACAACAAGACUCAGUUGCCUGGGGGAAGGGGUUCCCCACUUCAAAAUCAACACUAACAGCCAGGGAGACCCCGGCCCACCCUGUCUAUGCCAAGGGGCAAACCAGUAUUGUGUUCAAUAGUCCGUGACAUAAAAGACUACGUACAAAUGCAUUGUAUUUUAAAUAAAGGCCGACUCUUUUAUUUAA